GGGAACAUCAUCAGUUUACCUACAACUUUAGAAAACUAUCAACGAAAACCCUCCCAAAAAAAACUACAUCAAAAUGUUCAAAUUCUUCCUUGUCUGCUUGUUUGCCAUCUUCGCCUGCGCCAUGGCUACUCCUGCCGUUGUUGCUGCUCCCUACGCCUACUCUGCCUAUUCCGCUUACUCUCCCUACACCGCCUACUCUGCUCCCGUUGCUGCUACUUAUGGUGCUUAUCCUUACACCGCUGGCUACUCUGCCUAUCCUUAUGCUGCCGCUGCUUAUGUACGUUAAGUUGUUGCUCAGCUUUUAAGGAUCUUAUAAUGAUACAACAAUAUUACUCUGUAACUGGCUGAAGGACCUGCUCAACGUUAGAUAAUUUCGUUAAUUUUUUUUACAAUUGGCUGUCUUACGAUUUUUGUUUAUGUUGAACUCUAUUGAGUUCAAUUAUCUUUUAAUUUUUAAUAAAAUAUAAAUGCUAAAAAUAAA